AUGGGUCUCAAGAACUACUUCAAAGCCGGCAAGGAUGCCGAGAAGAAGUCUGAAACUCCUGCCAACGAGAUGAGCGAAAUCUCAGAGAAGCCUCUCGCCCCUCCUACACCAGCAUUCGCCAGCCAGACACCGUCAGGCCUAUCAACACCCAGAAAUGGUCUUCUCUCCUCUGGUGCAUCGAUUGCACCCUCAUCGAGGUCAGGUUUCAUGGACGACAUCAAGCACGAAGUCAUGGUCAACUACCUCUUCCAACAACAAUGUGCCAGACUAUGGGUUGGCGAUGGUAGCGGCGAGGUCGAGGGUGUUCUCUUGAGAAAGUUCAAGGGAAGCUACUUGGCUUGCCCUCCCUCCCUCAGCACAUCGACAUUCGCCAUGGCAUGUGCAGCACUCAACGUGCCGACUUUCCUUGCCUGGUCACCGGAUGCCGUCGACGUGCCGCUCAUGAACGGUCUCAGAGUCCAGAUUCUUCCCACCAUGGAGGACCUCCCCAGAGCACGCAAGCACCAGUUCGCCGCCUUCAUUGCCUCUGAGGCACUUCUUGUCGUCUGGGAUGAUGACGCCAACAACCUCGUCAACCGCGCCAAGCUGAUCGAGGGCGAGCUCAUGGAGCUCGUCUGGAAGACUGGUGAGCCCGAGGAGGUCACCGACGAGCCCGUGGCCAAGAAGGGCCCUGGUGUUGUCGAGGAGGAGAUUGAUGAGGAGAGUGGUGAGGUUCUUCCCGAGAAUCGCCCAACACAUCUCAUGAACACUGUCCUCGUCUCCAUCACCCUCAUCAUCAUCAUCACUCUUCUCGGAGCCGGUUACCGACAACUGGCCAUUGAAGUCAAGAUCGAUGGUAGCUACACUCGCAUCGCCUUCGUUGCCCUUUCCNCCGUCCAAAUCUUCUUCACCCUCUUCUUCGCCCAGGUCAUUGUUGGUUGUAUCGCCCAGAUGAUUGGCCCCGUUCGCCAAAUGACCCAGAACUCUCGCUUCUACUCUGCUCUGCUCCCCCGUCGCAUCCAGGGUCGCAACCUUCCUCACGUCACCAUCCAGUGUCCCGUCUACAAGGAGGGUCUCGCAUCCGUCAUUGCUCCUACCGUCAAGUCCAUCAAGCAGGCCAUCUCGACCUACGAACUUCAGGGUGGUUCCGCCAACAUCUUCAUCAACGAUGACGGUCUUCAGCUCCUCGAUGAGGAGGAGCGUGAGGCCAGAAUCGAGUUCUACGCCGAUAACAGCAUCGGUUGGACUGCCCGUCCCAAGCACGGUUCCGAGGGUUUCGUUCGUCGCGGAAAGUUCAAGAAGGCUUCCAACAUGAACUUCGGUCUCAUGGUUUCUUGCAACGUCGAGGAGAAACUUCUCCAGAUCAACCGUGGUAACGACUGGACUCAGGCUGAUGAAGCUCAAGCUUACGAGCGCUGCCUCAGCGAAGUCCUCGAGGAGCAUGGUCGCGCCUGGGCUGAUGGCAACAUCCGUAUCGGUGACUACAUUGUCCUCAUCGACUCCGACACUCGUGUUCCUGCCGACUGUCUUCUCGACGCUGCCUCUGAGAUGGAGCAGGGUCCUGAAGUUGGUAUCAUGCAAUUCAGUUCCGGUGUUAUGCAAGUCGUCCACACCUACUUCGAGAACGGUAUCACCUUCUUCACCAACCUCAUCUACACUGCCAUCCGUUACACCGUCUCCAACGGUGAUGUCGCUCCUUUCGUCGGUCACAACGCCAUUCUCCGCUGGGCUGCCAUUCAGCAGGUCUCUUACUUUGAUGAGGACGGUUACGAAAAGUUCUGGUCCGAGUCUCACGUGUCCGAGGACUUUGAUAUGUCUCUUCGUCUUCAAUGUAACGGCUACAUCAUCCGCAUGGGUGCCUGGGCUGGUGAAGGCUUCAAGGAGGGUGUGUCGCUUACUGUCUACGACGAGCUGGCCCGUUGGGAGAAAUACGCCUAUGGUUGCAACGAGCUUCUCUUCAACCCCAUUCGCAUGUGGUUCUACAAGGGUCCCUUCACUCCUCUCUUCCGCCAGUUCCUCUUCUCGAACAUUCGUAUGACCUCCAAGAUCACCAUCGUCUCGUACAUUGGUACCUACUACGCCAUCGGUGCCGCCUGGAUUCUUACCACCGUCAACUACUUCGCCAUGGGUUGGUUCAACGGUUACCUCGACAAGUACUACCUCGACUCAUGGAAGGUCUGGUUCUCGCUCGUCAUCGUCUUCAACGGUCUUGGUAACGUUUCGCUCGCCAUCAUGCGUUACCGUAUCGGUGACAAGUCCUUCUUCGGCGCCCUCUUCGAGAACUUCAAGUGGAUUCUUAUGCUCGCUAUCUUCCUUGGUGGCCUGUCUCUUCACGUUUCUCAGGCUCUUCUUGCUCACAUGUUCGAGAUCGACAUGACAUGGGGCGCCACCGGAAAGGAAGCCGAGUUCUCCAACUUCUUCAUUGAGGUGCCCAAGGUGCUCAAGAGCUUCAAGUACUCGCUCAUCUUCUGUGUCGUUUCCAUCAUCGGCAUGAUCCUCCUCGCCACCGCCGACUUCAUCCCCUACGAUUGGAUGAUUACCGACUUCGUCGCCAUCUUGCCCAUGGCUACAGUCGUGGCAUCGCAUUUCCUUUUGCCCAUUGCUCUCAACCCCGCUCUCAUGACCUUCUCAUGGUAG